AUGCGUAUGCCCUCGCUUCUCGCUGCGGCUCUCGCUGCAUCGCCAGUAGCGGCGCUCUGGCCCAUCCCGGUCGACAUUUCCAGCGGCAACACCACACUCUACAUCGACAAGUCCAUCAGCGUCACCUACAAUGGCGCGGCGCUUGCCUAUCAGCCUGGCGGCAAGCCACCUGCUGGCGCCAACUUCACCUCCAAGGCCAUCGUCGAAGGCGGCCUCGCGCGGGCCCUCGACGCCAUCUUCGAUCACGGCUACGUGCCCUGGAUGCUGCAUAAGCCCGGCUCCGAAUUUGAGCCGCACUGCGGGCCGACGGACCAGAACCGCCUAAAGUCGCUCGACAUCACGCAGACGGGCCCGGAUGACGCGACCACCUUCAAGCCGCUCGCCGGCCAGCGCGACGAGUCGUAUUCCCUCAACGUCACCUUUGACGGCAAGGCCAGCAUCUCGGCAAACUCCUCCAUUGGCGUGCUGCGCGGCCUUGAGACCUUCUCCCAGCUCUUCUUCAGGCAUACCCUGGGCGAUGCGUGGUACACCAAGCUGGCCCCUGUGAGCAUCCAUGACUCUCCCGUGUUCGCGCACCGCGGCAUGCUGCUCGAUGUUGCCCGCCACUGGUUUCCUAUUGAGGAUAUCAAGCGCACGAUUGACGGCCUCGCCAUGUCCAAGAUGAAUGUGCUGCAUUUGCACAUGACUGAUACCCAGUCGUGGCCCAUAGAGAUCCCGGCCUUGCCUCUGCUCACCGAGCGCCAUGCGUACAGCAAGAACCUGACGUAUUCUCCGGCCGCGAUCGCGGACCUGCAGGAAUAUGGCGUUCACCGCGGCGUGCAGGUGAUUAUGGAAAUUGACAUGCCGGGCCAUGUCGGUAUUGACCUCGCCUAUCCUGGCCUCUCUGUAGCCUACAACCAGCGUCCUACCGCAAAGUACUGCGCACAGCCCCCAUGCGGUGCAUUACGCCUCGGUAACCAAAAGGUCGAAGAAUUUCUCGCCACCUUGUUUGAGGACCUGCUGCCGCGCUUGUCGCCGUACGCAGCCUAUUUCCACCUUGGAGGAGACGAAUACAACCCAAGCAACUCGCUUCUUGAUCCUGAUCUCAACACCGAAGACACGUCCAAAUUGAUGCCUCUCCUGCAGCUCUUUAUCUCAUUCACGCACGAUAAAGUACGCAAGCAUGGCCUCGUGCCCAUGGUUUGGGAAGAGAUGGUCAACCACUGGAACGCCAGCAUCGGCACCGACGUUGUGGUGCAGACGUGGCUCGGAGGGGAUAAGAUCAAGCAGCUCGCCGAGGCCGGCCACAAAGUGGUUGUCAGCAACUCUGAUACCUACUACCUCGACUGUGGCCGCGGCAGCUUCCUCGACUACGAAAACGGCCCCGCCCUCCAGAAAGCGUAUCCCUUCAACGACUGGUGCCAGCCGACCAAGAACUGGCGCCUCAUCUACCUGCAGGACCCGCGCGCCGGCCUCACCGGCGAGGCGGCGGCCAACGUCAUCGGCGGCGAGGUGGCCCUGUGGACGGAGACGGUCGACGGCACCAGCCUCGACACCGUCGCGUGGCCGCGCGUGGCCGCCGCAGGCGAGAGCUGGUGGUCCGGCCGGCUCGACGCCCAGGGCCAGAACAGGUCCAUGUACGACGCCCGACCGCGGCUGUCCGAGAUGCGCGAGCGCAUGCUGGCGCGCGGCGUGCGGGGAGCGCCAAUCACGCAGCUGUGGUGCGACCAGGCGGAUCCGAUUGACUGCUCGACCGAGUAG